AUGAACCCGGAAUAUGACUACCUGUUCAAGCUGCUGCUGAUUGGCGACUCUGGCGUCGGCAAGUCGUGUCUGCUGCUUCGCUUUGCUGACGACACGUACACGGAGAGCUACAUUUCGACGAUCGGCGUGGACUUUAAAAUCCGCACUAUUGAGCUGGAUGGCAAGACCAUAAAGCUUCAGAUUUGGGACACAGCCGGACAAGAGCGGUUCCGCACGAUUACUAGCAGUUACUACCGCGGUGCCCACGGCAUUAUUGUGGUCUACGAUGUGACGGACCAAGAGUCGUUCAACAAUGUUAAGCAGUGGCUGCACGAGAUUGAUCGAUAUGCUUGCGAGAACGUGAACAAGUUGCUGGUGGGCAACAAGAGUGAUUUGACGGCCAAGCGGGUGGUGAGCACGGAUGCCGCCAAGGAGUUUGCCGAGAGUCUGGGGAUUGAGUUUCUCGAGACUAGUGCAAAGAACGCAGCCAACGUCGAAAAAGCCUUCAUGAUGAUGGCUGCCCAGAUCAAGAAGCGCAUGGCCAACGCUCCCGUGGCUCCCAAGGCCGGCGUCAAGCUGACACCCGGCCAGCAGGUGCCUUCCAACGGAGGGUCAAAGUGCUGUUAA